AUGUCGCUGAGCGGGACGUCCACCUUCCUGGAUAGAAUAGUGUCUCCUGUAUUAGUUUACUGCCUGGGCUUAGGCUUCCGCGACCACUGCCCUCACAGGUUUCACAAACUUUUAGUGUCACGCCUGUUCCGAUUGGCGGAUCACCGGCCUUGUUCUCAGGCUAAUAGGAGGCUAGGAGGCUACGGUGCUUCCACGACCAAGACAGGAGGCUACAGUGCCUCCACGACCAGGGCAGGAGGCUACGGUGCCUCCACGACCAAGGCAGGAGGCUACUGUGCUUCCACGACCAAGGCAGGAGGCUACUGUGCUUCCACGACCAAUGCAGGAGGCUACCGUGCUUCCACGACCAGGGUAGGAGGCUACCGUGCCUCCACGACCAGGGUAGGAGGCUACUGUGCCUCCACGAUCAAGGCAGGAGAGGCUACUGUGCCUCCACGACCAAGGCAGGAGAGGCUACUGUGCCUCCACGACCAAGGCAGGAGAGGCUAUCGUGCCUCCACGACCAAGGCAGGAGAGGCUAUCGUGCCUCCACGACCAAGGCAGGAGAGGCUACCGUGCCUCCACGACCAAGGCAGGAGAGGCUCCCGUGCCUCCACGACCAAGGCAGGAGAGGCUACCGUGCCUCCACGACCAAGGCAGGAGAGGCUACCGUGCCUCCACGACCAAGGCAGGAGAGGCUACCGUGCCUCCACGACCAAGGCAGGAGAGGCUACCGUGCCUCCACGACCAAGGCAGGAGAGGCUACCGUGCCUCCACGACCAAGGCAGGAGAGGCUACCGUGCCUCCACGACCAAGGCAGGAGAGGCUACCGUGCCUCCACGACCAAGGCAGGAGAGGCUACCGUGCCUCCACGACCAAGGCAGGAGAGGCUACCGUACCUCCACGACCAAGGCAGGAGAGGCUACCGUGCCUCCACGACCAAGGCAGGAGAGGCUACGGUGCCUCUACGACCAAGGCAGGAGAGGCUACGGUGCCUCCACGACCAAGGCAGGAGAGGCUACGGUGCCUCCACGACCAAGGCAGAAGAGGCUACGGUGCCUCCACGACCAAGGCAGGAGAGGCUACGGUGCCUCCACGACCAAGGCAAGAGACUACGGUGUCUCCACGACCAAGGCAGGAGAGGCUACGGUGCCUCCACGACCAAGGCAGGAGAGGCUACGGUGCCUCCACGACCAAGGCAGGAGAGGCUACGGUGCCUCCACGCCCACGGCAGGAGAGGCUACGGUGCCUCCACGACCAAGGCAGGAGGCUACGGUGCCUCCACGACCAAGGCAGGAGGCUACGGUGCCUCCACGACCAAGGCAGGAGGCUACGGUGCCUCCACGACCACGGCAGGAGGCUACGGUGCCUCAACGACCAAGGCAGGAGGCUACGGUGCCUCCACGACCAAGGCAGGAGGCUACGGUGCCUCCACGACCAAGGCAGGAGGCUACGGUGCCUCCACGACCAGGGCAGGAGGCUACGGUGCCUCCACGACCAAGGCGGGAGGCUACGGUGCCUCCACGACCCAGGCGGGAGGCUAGUGUGCCUCCACGACCAAGGCGGGAGGCUACUGUGCCUCCACGACCAAGGCAGGAUGCUACUGAGCCUCCACGACCAAGGCAGGAAGCUACAGUGCCUCCACGACCAAGGCAGGAAGCUACAGUGCCUCCACGACCAAGGCUAGAGACUACUGUGCCUCCACGACCAAGGCUAGAGACUACUGUGCCUCCACGACCAAGGCUAGAGACUACUGUGCCUCCACGACCAAGGCAGGAGACUACUGUGCCUCCACGACCAAGGCAGGAAGCUACUGUGCCUCCACGACUAAGGCAGGAGGCUACAGUGCCUCCACGACCAAGGCAGGAAGCUACAGUGCCUCCACGACCAAGGCAGAAGGCUACAGUGCCUCCACGACCAGGGUGUCUGAAAGUGAUGUUUCGCUCUCAGACCCAUACGAGGCUUUAUCAAGCUGUAGUUCAAGACUGUGCGUCUAAUGGUUAUAGAAUUGUCUUAAGAGAACGUAUGGCCACCUCUACUGUCUCAUAG